AUUGAAGGCAACACUUUAAAGGGGGAUCAAAGUGCUGGGCUAGAACAAUUCCCCCAUUUACAUGACAUUUUUCCACGAUGCCAUUUCCCGCUGACGCAAACCGCCGGGGCCGCCUCCUUCUCGCGCUCAUCUCCGUGUCUCUCUUGUCUCCCCGGUGCGUGCGGGGCCGCGGUGCCGCGCCGCAGGUCAGCCCCGCCGGACGGCCCCGAGCCCGACGAGCGGCCGGUGUCGGUGCUGAGCUCCCUCAGCUACAGGAAGCGGCCGGGCCUCAAGGACUCCAUAGGCGGCCUCGGGGAUGAGCAGACGCUGUUCAGCGCCCUGGGCGAGCGGCCGCCUUCCCCCGAGCGCCCUCCGCGCCGGGCGGCCCGCGGCGGCGAGCCCCAGGACCGGGCGGCCGUCAUCGCCCGCGCCUUCGCCGACGCCAGCGGCCGGGCUCGCCAAGGGCUGGACAAGCGGUGGUCCCUCUCGGCCACCGACGUAGAGAAAGCGUCUGUCGCCUCCGCCCCAGUGAGCCGCGUCUCCUCCGCCUCCUGGCGCGGGCUGGAGGACGGCGACGAUGGGGAUGAGGGAUGCUCGGUGCUGAGCUUCGCCCUCUCCAGCCCCGGCAGCUUGCGGAGCCGGCGCGGGGGCCCCGAGGGCCGCCCCGAGUCGCGGCUCUCCCUGGCCCGCAGCCGGCUGGAUGAGGCGGACGAGGGGUCCCGCGGGCAGCCCCUCUUGGGGCGCAGCUUCUCCGUGCCCCCGCGGCCCCGCAGCGCGGCCUCCGAGGAGGAGGCUCCCGGGGACGCCCGCCCCGGGCGGCACCGCUCCUACCUCGACCCCGACCUGGAAGCCGCCAUCCAAGAGGUGCUGAGCUACCGCCCGCUGCCGGCCAGGGGCUACUCCAGCCCCGACUCGGGGGACGACGGCCGCAGUGUCCGCAGUGUCCGGAGUGUCCGCAGUGUCCGGAGCGCGGCCCCCCUGGGCGCCGCUGACCGCCCCUCCGGCAGCCUGCGCCGCUCCGCAUCCGCCCUCGACUUCUCCCGGCACACUUGCCGCUGCCGCAGCAGCUCGGGCUCCUCCGAGGAAGAGGAGGAGCAGAAGAAGAAGAGCUCCAAGAAGCGCGCCAAGAAAAGCAAGAAGAAGUCCAAGAAGAAGAAGAAGAAGCAGCAGUCGUCGUCCGAGUCCAGUUCCUCCUCCGAGUCCUCCUCUGGCUCCACCAGCUCCUACCGCAGCACCUCCAGUGUCAAGAAGGGCCCGCGGGGAGCGGGGAGCGAGGAGCCGACACGUCCUGCCCGGGCCAAGAAGGAGGAGAAGCAGCGGAAAAAGCAGGUGGACAACCUGAUGAUGAAGUACCUGUACCGUCCCGAGAGCGACUGAGGCAGGAGGUGGGAGCGGUGUGUGCCGUGCAGCAUGAACCUCCCCGUGUGCCACUAACCGCUCGCCCUAACCCUCUCCUGACUCCGGAGCUCUCCUCCGCCGGCGUGGGCAGCCCGGGAUGGGGCAGCCCUCUGUGCCUGCAGCAGCCCUGCUGCGGGCAUCUCCAUCGCUGGGGAGAUCCCCGGCAUGGCCACAGCGGGACCGGCGCUGCCCGUGCUGCCAGGAUUAGCUGCGGGACACCAGGAAGCGCUAAUCCCUUCCUGGCUCCCCAGCCAUCGGCCGGGACACAUCUGGAUGUAUUCCUUCAGGAAAUUGUUCAGGCUUUGGUGGGCAGCACAGCCCCCAGAAGCAGAGGGGAGUGGGAUGGGUACUAACACCCACUCACUGCAGUGUGUGAGCAUGGGGGGAGGCUGCACCCAUGGCGGGGGGGACCCAGGUUGGGCUGUGCCCUGUUGGGUGCCUGUGAUGGGAAUUCGGGGUGUGAAUGGCAUCAGCCUGCAGGACUCUGGAGCUCUGCAUGCUGUUUGAUGCAGAGAGGGUGUGUUUGGGCUCGCUGGCAGCAAUUUCAGAGCAGGCUUCAUCCUUUCUGAUGGCUGAAUAGGAGAGUGGCUGGAGGAGGGGAAAGAAGCCUUUUGGAAAUGUGCUUCCCUUGAGCUGUCUAUCCCAGAGGAAGGGAAGGCAUCAUGGGGUACCGGGGAGCAACAACCCCAGCACCAGCCCUGGGCUCGGGUACAACCAGGACCCUCAGGGUGUCUGGGGACCCUGGUGUUGGCAUUCAGGGCCACGAGCCUUUUCCUGGGCAGGCUCAGCUCGGCCCCACUGCAGAGCAGGGGCUCAGCUCGGCGCAGCGAGGAGUUGUUUGCAGUGAGGCAUGUCCCAAAUAUCUCGGAAAGAAUAAAAAAGGAGGCAAUCAAGGCUCCAUCCAGCUGGCUGCCAGCGUGCUGGCUCACCGCAGCUCCCGCUGCAGCCGGAGGGGAGCUGAGCUCAGCAGCCAAGCCAUGCUGGGGACAUGCUGGGCUUUUCACCCCCCUAACCCCGCUCUCUC